CGGCAGUGCGCGUUAGCGGCGGCGCGGCGGGCUGGGCGCCUGGGCCGCUCCCGGGAGCCGGCGGCGCUUCUCUCCCUCCGCCUUCCCGUAGCUUCCAGCCUCCCUUGCUCUCCCCGCGCAGGAGGAUGAAUCUGGAGCGGCUGAGGAAGCGGGUGCGGCAGUACAUCGACCAGCAACAGUAUCAAAGUGCCCUAUUUUGGGCAGACAAAGUAGCUUCACUGUCUCAUGAGGAACCUCAAGAUAUCUAUUGGUUGGCCCAGUGUCUUUACCUAACAGCUCAAUAUCAUAGGGCAGCACAUGCCCUUCGAUCGCGGAAAUUGGAUAAGUUGUACGAAGCUUGUCGAUACCUUGCAGCUAGAUGUCAUUAUGCUGCAAAAGAACAUCAACAGGCCCUGGAUAUUCUUGAUAUGGAAGAACCAAUCAAUAAAAGGCUUUUCGAAAAGUACUUGAAAGAUGAAAGUGGAUUGAAAGACUCUGCCACAGACUGGGAGAUGUCACAGUCCUCUAUCAAGAGCUCUAUAUGCCUUUUGCGAGGGAAGAUCUAUGAUGCUUUGGAUAAUAGAACCCUAGCAACAUACAGCUACAAAGAGGCCUUGAAGCUUGAUGUUUACUGCUUUGAAGCAUUUGAUCUUUUAACAUCGCACCAUAUGCUGACAGCACAAGAAGAAAAAGAACUUCUUGAAUCUCUACCUCUUAGUAAACAAUGUACAGAAGAAGAACAAGAAUUGCUGCACUUCUUGUUUGAGAAUAAGUUGAAAAAGUAUAAUAAACCCAGUGAAACAGUGAUUCCUGAAUCUGUAGAUGGUCUCCAGGAAAACCUGGAUGUAGUAGUAUCCUUAGCUGAAAGGCAUUAUUAUAACUGUGACUUCAAAAUGUGUUACAAGCUUACUUCGGUAGUGAUGGAAAAAGAUCCUUUCCAUGCAAACUGUUUACCUGUGCAUAUAGGGACGCUUGUGGAGCUAAAUAAAGCAAAUGAGCUUUUCUAUCUUUCUCAUAAACUGGUGGACUUGUAUCCAAAUAAUCCUGUGUCAUGGUUUGCAGUAGGAUGCUACUAUCUCAUGGUUGGCCACAAAAAUGAACAUGCCAGAAGGUACCUCAGCAAAGCUACUACACUUGAGAGAACUUAUGGACCUGCAUGGAUAGCAUAUGGGCAUUCAUUUGCAGUUGAGAGUGAGCAUGACCAAGCAAUGGCUGCAUACUUCACAGCUGCACAACUCAUGAAAGGGUGCCAUUUGCCAAUGCUCUAUAUUGGGCUGGAAUAUGGUUUGACCAACAACUCCAAGUUAGCUGAAAGGUUUUUCAGCCAAGCUUUAAGUAUUGCACCUGAGGAUCCUUUCGUCAUGCAUGAAGUUGGAGUGGUUGCAUUUCAAAAUGGAGACUGGAAAACUGCAGAAAAAUGGUUUCUUGAUGCACUAGAAAAAAUUAAAGCUAUUGGAAAUGAGGUAACAGUUGAUAAGUGGGAACCUUUAUUGAACAACUUGGGACAUGUCUGCAGAAAACUCAAGAAAUAUGAAGAGGCACUAGAAUAUCAUCGCCAGGCUCUAGUACUAAUUCCUCAAAAUGCUUCAACUUAUUCUGCCAUUGGCUACAUUCAUAGUCUAAUGGGCAAUUUUGAAAGUGCAAUUGACUAUUUUCAUACGGCCCUUGGUCUUAGGAGGGAUGACACGUUUUCAGUCACAAUGCUUGGACAUUGCAUAGAAAUGUAUAUUGGCGAUUCUGAAGCUUACAUUGGAACAGAGAUCAAAGACAAAUUAAGAUGUUAUGAUUUUGAUGUACACACAAUGAAGACAUUAAAGAACAUUAUUUCACCUCCCUGGGAUUUCAGAGAAUUUGAUAUAGAAAGGCAAACUCUGGAUGAAAGUGGCAUAGUAACGUUAGAAACAUCACAUCAAAGGAAAAGUACAGAUACUAGUCGUCCACUGGAAGAAGCCUUUGAGAUUGAAAUGAAUGAAAGUGAUAUGAUGCUAGAAACAUCAAUGUCAGACCACAGUACAUGACUGUAAAUGCUGAUAGGGGGCUAAUUUUGUCUAGGUGUAUUAUCCUUGUUUUAGUGGUUUUGUUACUGUGUUAUACUUUCAGGAAUUUGCUAUUUUUAUAUGAAUUCAAACUGCUUCUCGGUACUUAACACCGGAGGAAUAAUGCUUGCCUUAAGGAUGUUAAAAAUAUAUGUAAGACUAUUUCCAACCUUAUUAUUUCUACAAAAUUAACCAUACAAAAUGAAAUAAAAAAUAAAUUCACAUUUUUUAAAUUGUUUACUUUUCCCUGUGACUGCCAUCGUAAGACUGGAGGUUUAAAAGUAAUACUUAAAAAUGAAUUGGUUACUAUGUUGUUAAAUUGAGUAGCUGGGGUCUAAUAUGUUGUGGCUUCUGAGUUUUCAUCUUGUCUGUGAGGAAUGCUUUGUAGUAAAUAGGCCAAAAACUCCAUGAAGUUCAAUGCUUAUUACUCCUUAAAGGAAUAUAUAUUUAUAAAGUAAUUCUGAUGAUUUUCGUCAGUUAACUCUAACUUGGCGUAUGUUAAAUUCAUUACACAGCAUGUUAGUUUGUUAUACUUUUUGUCCUAAUUAUUAACUCCAGUUCUUCACCAUUAUUCUGUGUUGUAUCACUGAAAGAUAACUUAAGAACUGUUUUUGGUAAGUUGACUAGACAACAAAUGUGAGUGACCUAAGUAUUAAGAUAAAUCAAUGUUCCUGGAAUUAGUGACAUCUGAGCUACUUUUUCAGAAGUUCGUGUAAUAAUAAACUUGCAGUUUUGCAGCCUACUACUUCUGUAGGGGCUGUAGUCAUUCUCUUUGCACAUAGUUGUUUUGUCAAGACAGAAGAUUAACUGAAUAACAUCCAUAUACAGUUUUUACAAGUCUCUAAACUGUGGUAUUUUAAAGUGUUAUUUGUUCUCUGAAAAUGAUGAAACAAAGCUUGUGUCUCAAGUAGAAGCAGUGAUUUGUUGAUCCACUAAACAGAACAGGGCUGUUCUGUUCUCCUACUUAGCAUGAAUGUUGACCAUAUUUAGCAUAAACUUCUCCCUUCCCUUCUUGCCUGUUCCACAUGUCUCACUGUGAGGGGCUAAAAUUAAAAACUUAAUGCUACAAGCUGUCAUAAUGUUUUCUUCUGUGGCUUCCAGCUAAGUUCUGACAUUUAAUGUUUAGAAUAGAUUUCCUGAAGUUUAACAGUCCAGACUUGUGUGAAAUACUUCAGCUCUCGAGAACCAGCAAUUUUUCUAUGCACAGAGAUUUUCAACAAAAUGGAAGAGGCUAAUUCAUGUUUUAGUCAUCAAAAUCAAGUAAUAGGUCUAAAAUAUAACUUCUACACUCUACACUUGUGUUAACAAGAUUUA